CCCCCCACCCGCCCCCACAGCCCCCCCCCCAUCCCCCCCCGCACACCCACCCCCACCCACACCCACACAUCCACACACCCGCCCACACCCACACCCAUUUUCAUUUGUGUUGGAUAGCUGAUGACUUCUAAAAAAUAUAUGUGUGUCACGUAUUUCAAUUAAUCCUACUUUUUUACGUUUUUGAGAUCAUUGUGAAAAGACAGAUGAGUAUAUUAUCCUGCUCAACUUUUACGAGUUUAUCUUUGCUUAUAAUGUCUAAAACAAUUCUUGUUGGAAAUUCAUCAAAGAGGAAGAUUCAUUGGUGCACAUGACACUGCCAAUAUUUAGUAAAACAGUUUUCUUAUAGAAAUUUGAUUAAGAUCAUAUGAUUCGUCAAUGUUUGUUUUGGUAUUCGUAAUGAAAAUCAUUAGCAUGGUUGAAGAAAUUUCACAUUCUGUAAAGCUUUUUUUUCAAAGGAGAUAGAAUAACAUUAAAAGCUUUGGUGUCGUAGUGCGAAAAUAAGAAAUUAUAUAUACCCCUCAGAAAAAUGACUUUUUUGACAAUGAUGCGAGCAGAUAUUGUCGGACAGCUAUUAAAAAUAUCAUAUUUAAUCAUUUUGAACGAGCCGAUUGGACAUCGAAUCUAUCCGAAGUACCAAAGAUUCUUGGAAGACAUAGUAUUUUAUUCGGAAAGUCUAUCAAAUUACUUUGUGCACAUGAAUCUUUCAUUGUUUUCUUUCAUCAUUAAUAUCUCACCGUUUGGCUAAGAACGAACAAAUUUUCAUAUUGACAAGGCGUCCUCGAUGAUAAAACGGCAUGCAUAGCUUUGUUUUUGAUUACUUACAAGAUAAAAUAGUUAGGUUAAAACAUGGCGUGUUGGCCGAAUCCGCAAAAAGAUGACGAAUCAACAAUUAUUCAACAAUUUAAACUUUUAAAAGAUCAAUUAACAAUAGAGUCGGCUCUUGAGUUAUGCAACGAUAUGCCUGGUUGUGGUUUUCUCUUUGCAUUGUAUGAAACCAAGAAUCUUUAUUACGAAGGUGCUUUUCAAGCUUAUUUAACUCUUUUGCGAGCUAUUGCAGCAUUGGUUUCUCGUUCAAAUUUUCUAUAUAUGUUUUCCAAGUCUUGUUCUGGAUGUGCUAUGUUGCAUAUAUUAUCUAUUUUAUGUUUGCAUCCAAUAUUAGAAAACGAAGUGGAUACUUUAUUUUAGGAAUUGUUAUGUGAUAAACAUGGUGAUAUUUUAAAUCGUGAUGAUAUUCGUCAAAUUGCUAUGAUGAUGCGACAAGCAUACAAACGUCGUGGAGAUCCAUUUCCAUAUGUUGGAGAUUGUUUAGAUUAUGAUCGUGAAAGUCAAGGAUUUAAAAUGGCAUAUACCAUUGGAGUAUUAUUUUCAUCCGAGGAAUUCUGCAAAUUAAUGAAAAGUAAUCCUACCAUAGGCACUCAAAUAGCUCGUGAAAUGCUAAAAAAUCCUCAUGAUAGUGAUUGGCAAUCAAAUCAGUUAUACGAAUUGCUAUCAAAAUAUAAGGAACUUAUAUCGGAUAAUAAAUCUGACAGAUGA